AUGACUGAGCCAGGACCGCGAAAGCGCUCCAGAAUCGCCUGCACAUCAUGCCAGUCGCGCAAACGGAAGUGCUCCAGUGACCAACCAUGCAGCACCUGUGUACAGUUGGGGGCAGCCUCCGAGUGUCAUUACGAUAUUCAAUCUCGCAAGAAGAAAGAUGUCAAGAUAUUUCGGCCAUCAGUCGGUCUAUCGAUGCGUAGACCUAGCGUCAUCGAAGAGGCACCCCGGCCGAAGAGCCAGGAGCAGUCGACCCCUGGGGACUCGACAAGCAUCGACGUCAGUUCCCUCGAGGCCAAUUCGGGCGCUGCCUUUGUGCGCAGAUUAGGUCUCAAGCUGGAUCCAGCCAAUGCGCCGAGGUUGCAUCUUUUCGCCUGGAACGUCGGGGCUCGUCACCCGCCACCAUCGUCCAUGCCGGCCUCGGUCACAGCUGUGCCCAUCGUAGACAUCAUCUCCCAGGACGAGAUGCGAUCAUUGAUGACGUUCUACUUUGAAAAAGUCGAUCCGUGCUACCCAUUCCUUGACCGAGAUGUUGUGCUCCGCCAGGUCAGCAGACGAUGGCUGCCUUCCUCGUCCGAGUCAGCCCUGCCGUAUGGGCCCUACGAUGCGGUACUCGGCGGAAUAGCGGCGCUCGGAUUCCUCUUCUCACGGCGACGAGCCGUCCCGGCGGAGUACCGAGUGGUCGAAACCGCUCGACACAUCCUUGAACAUAGUCUGCUCGUCGACAAGCCCGCGUCGGUGGACAUCGUCACCGGCUGGGUGCUCCGAGUCGCGUACCUCCGCAUGACAGCAUCCCCCCAUGUCGCCUGGAUGGCCAGCUGCACGCUGAUGCACCUCAUCGAGGCGUCGGGUCUCCAUCUCGAGCCCUUGCCAGAUAGCUCCCUCGGCCAGACAACAACACCUUGCGCCCCAGAAAUCCGCCGCCGACUCUUCGGCAUGGCCCGCCACCUGAACGUGUGGAUCUCCUUCGAACUCGGCCGGUCCCGAGUCGUCCCGCACGGCGCAACCUCCCUCCCACCCGCGCCACGAUCCCCAAACAGCCCCUCGGAGAUCUUCAACCUCCUCCCCGUCUCGGAAAGCCUCGACCCGAAGCAAACCCAAGACGCGCCCGGCCUGGAAUCCGCCCUCGCUGCCGUCCUCGGCGUCGUCCACGUGCAGCCACCCCUAAUCCUCGCUCAGUGCAACCUCAUGCUCUGCCUGUACCGGCGCCUCCGCGCCCUCAACUCCAGCAUCUCCGGCGACCUGCUCGACCGCGUCCUCGCCCUGGCCGGCACCGGCCUCCGCGCCGCCCGCGAAAUGGUCGCCUCCGUCUGCCCCUGGCACCAGAUCGCCAACGUCCCCUUCCAGAUCGUAUGCACCCUCCUCGCCCUCGACAGCCGCGCCUCGCUCGCCCUCCUGGGCGAAGCAAUGCGCACCCUCCGCGAGGUCGCCACCGCCUACGACACGGAGGUCAUGCGCGAAGCCUACAGCACCGCCUACCUGCUCAUUCUCCUCCAUCAGCGCCGCAAGGAAGAAGACACGCGGGCCCUCCGCGAUGUACUACGGGUUAAUGCCAACGCGACCGCCGCGGCGCCGCAGGUUAGCGUCGAGGCUGCGGGGGGAGGCUCUGGCUCGGUUCAGCGCCCAGCGCAGCAGCCGCCGCCGCAGUCCGUGGCCAACCUCUCGGAGAUGGCCUGGCUGGGCGAUCUGAUGAUCGAUAUGCCGAGUUUGCAGAAUUUCGAUCUAGAUCAGUUCCUCAUGACGGAUGUGCCGUGGCCGUUGCCGGAGAUGGGGAUUUGA